AUGAAUCACUUCAAGAUCUUAAUGGACUUUGUCGCGCCAAGUUUUGACUACCCCACUCCCCAUUUCGCGCCCACUGAUGCGGCAGUGCUGAAAGCUGGAGAUCAACAACAACAACCUACUGAAGUUUUGGUUUUUUCUUGUGGCAGAUUUUUGGAACCUGACUGGAAGCAAGCUCAGGAAAAAAUGGGCGGUAUUGAGAAUGCACUGAAGGCUUUGCGAAGCUAUCCGCGAGUGUCCAUAUUUAAUCUUCGCGAUUUGCCUUACAGUAAACCACCGCCCUACCAUGGUCUCAAACGGAAAAAGCGUGGACUGGGUCACAGGGGAGCUAGCCAAUACCAGGCAUAUCCCCCACUAGGCACUCAGGAAGGGCGGACCCCCUUCUACAUCACGGUUCCUCGCGAGCCUUACAACCAGGACCAUUUUUCGCGCCAUGCUCUGCCACGGCUUUCGCUUUUGGAUUUGCAACGCAUGAUCGACCUCUCGCGGAUAGAUCCCACGCAGCCGAUUGACUUGACGUCUUUUUGCAAUACUGGUCUCUUUCGACUGGAUGUGGAGCACGAACGCCACUACGGUUUCCAUCUUACUGAGGAGAAUGCCAUCGAGUACUACACCAACGCUGCCUUUCGUGGUUACCUCGCCGAUCCUCAGGAAGUUGCCAGCGCUCGCAUCUGGCUUGCCGAGAAGUACGGCUACAAGGCCAUCCCCGAUCCGUCCGCUGGCCCUCUCAAGGAUCUGGCUCUUGUUCGCAAGCAGCCCUGGCAGAUCUUCCAUGGAUUGGAACCCGGCUGGCUGGUGAGCCUGACGGAUCGUGUGGUCAUCAAGCCCAAGUCACCGGAACACGAGGAGUUCUAUAAGGGCUGA